AUGCGUCGUGACUUCGCUUUACAACCACCAAACCUGGCUUUGGUCGAGCUUGUGGAAUGGCUUGACAAUCAUCGACUCAUAGGAACACCCCAAUAUGUGGAACACCUUUGCAGAAAUCCAGACAUUAUGACACCGAAAGGCGGGGAAUUCGUUCCACCGAAGAAUAUAUCGGAUAUCGAAGGUUUGUUUAUAUCUGAGCCUACGCAUUGGUCAUUUGUGGACGGUAUGGAAGUCCAAUUAGAUAUGGGUGAGUAUACGGUGUUCUGGGGAAUUGAUGAUGUGGAUCCCUUGUUCCCAAUCCAUGACACCUGUAUUGACCUGGCCAAACGUGUGAUCCAAACUCGGAAUGACAGGCUUCUGACGCCUACCUCUCGUGCCACCCUUAUGACACUGUACGAGUCUCUGAGCAAAGAAUGGACGAGAGGUUGGAAGCUCAUCACCUCACAGCCAGCUCUUGUUCAGGGAGCAUAUAUGAGAUAUGAUGUGCAUGGAGAAUAUGGAUUGGAGUGGGAGCACAAAUACUUCGGUGCUCGAGACCGCCAGGAGCAUCACGGAUGGAAUGUUGCUCGCGGUGAUGAGUGGUUCUGUGCCGAUCCCACCAACAUACCUGAACUCAGGGAUUUUGUCUUGAAUCUUCUCCCUCAAGCUCCGAUUCCUUCUGGACUUCCCGACUUCAAGACGCUUCAAUUAUCUAGUGAAACUUUCACUUCGACGGAAGAGAAAUAUGGUCUCGAAGCGCUUCCAAAAGAGAUACUGGACGAAAUCGCAUGUCACCUUACAGUUUCAUCAGUCUUUGCCUUGAGAUCGUCAAGUAAGACACUGGCUGCAUGUCUUUAUCCCGAUCAACGAUUCUUCUUCCAACGGCUACUUGGAGGGACAUUAAUUCCUCAUAUUUGGGAACUGGAAAGCCAAGAGUGUGUUGAUAAAAAUGGGGAAGAUGUAUCUUUGAAAGGAACGUUACAGCUAGGCGAUGAGGCUCGAUGGGAUUGGAAGGCAUUGGCAAAGCUGUUAGCUAACAAAGAUGCUAUUAUGAUCGCCGAGGAAGGAAAAUUGCUAGAUGCUCCAAUCGGUUUUCGGAAUAGGUGCCGAAUCUGGAAGAUCAUCGAGGCGGCCCUUGAUAGUAUUCAGUUCGAAGCAACCCGAAAUUCCGGGGAAUUUACUUUAGACGAGCUCGAGGAUCAUUCUUUUUACGUUGAAAUGAGCGAGGAUUCAGUAGCCCAUCGAUACAAGAAUCACUGGUUACUGAGAAAACCCGCAGCAAAAGCCUUCGCAAAAGGCGAUAUUGUGCUCGUGGAACGCAUUUUUUACAGUAUUGGCGGUCGACCACCUGUUGUUCGUUCGGAAUCUGCUGAGCGUUUCCUCAACUGGCGUUGUCAUUUGGUUGAUCAUUCCGAAUCUGGCAUCGAUGCGCCGAGUUCCGAGUUGAUUGACAUCCAUAAUUGUUUCGCAGAGGCUUUCAAAUGGAGUGAAAUCUCAGAAAUAAUUACCUGGCAGAAAUUCACGUCACAGCCUAUUCGGCGUGUGGAACGUAGGCACAGCUAUCUCGAACCGCUAAAGUCGGCCAUCCUCGCCUUACGGCUAAAAGUCCCAAACACAAUGCACGCGUGGAAAUACAACGCUUUGGGAUUUCUCGGACUUCACUUAUAUGGAUAUACAAGUAGUUGUGCCCAAAGACUUCCUUGCCGCAUCUUAUGUUGGCUGGCAUAUCACCUGCACGAUUUUGACGCCGCGGAUGCUGCUGAUGCUGGUGCUGGUGCUGGUGCCGGUGCUGAUGCUGGUGCUGAUGCUCAUGUAGAUGCAGAUGUAGAUGCUGCUGCUGCUGACGCCUCUGAUCAAGCUGUAUGA